UUCGGUUUUCGGUUUUCCAGCGCAGCGCAUGGCCACGCCGAGCCUUUGAAAUGUGUUGACUCGAGGCCACCGCCACGCAACUCUGAACCAUCGUAAUAAAAACGCCAACUCGUCAGCUUUCUUUCUGUUUCCAAGCAUAUAUAAACCCUACUCAUUCUGAACUCUGAUUGAUCGUUUUCGUUCCUGCUAUUGUGUUCCUUCAGUCUCAUCAUUCAUUCUUUGUGCAUUUCUUUCUGAGCCGUGUCCGGUGAGAGAGCGAUAUGGAUGCACCAGACGAAAGCCCUUCUGCUAAAAGAUGGCUUCCUCUCGAAGCCAACCCUGAUAUCAUGAAUCAGUUCCUUCGGGGCCUUGGUCUUCCCCCGGAUGAAGCUGAGUUCUAUGAUGUGUAUGGUUUGGACGAAGAACUCUUGGAAAUGGUUCCUAAACCUGUUCUUGCUGUGCUUUUCCUUUUCCCUGUUAAUGCCGAGAGCGAGGCAGAGAGAGCAUUGGAGAAAGAGAGUGCAAAGAAGGAAACAAGUGACAAAGUUUAUUUCUUGAAACAAACUGUUGGAAACGCUUGUGGAACAAUUGGACUUCUUCAUGCAAUAGGGAAUGUAUCUAAAGAGAUCAAGCUAUUUGAGGGGUCAUUCUUGGAUAGGUUCUUCAAAUCAACUGCUAACAUGGAUCCAUUGGAGCGUGCUGCUUUCCUUGAGAAUGACAGGGAAAUGGAAGUUGCACACUCAGUAGCAGCGACUGCUGGUGAUACAGAGGCUCCAGACAUCAACACAAACGUGGAUACUCAUUUCAUUUGCUUCUCAUGUGUUGAUGGAGAACUGUAUGAGCUUGAUGGAAGAAGGUCGCAACCCAUAUCACAUGGUUCAUCUUCACCCAGCAGCUUAUUGCAGGAUGCGGCCAAAGUCAUAAAAGCAAUGAUCGAGAAGACUCCCGAGUCAAUAAAUUUCAACGUCAUUGCAUUUUCGAGGAAAGUUGCGGAAUCAUCAUAGACAUGGAAGUUGAAAUCUUGAAGCCUGACGCAUCCAUGCCUGCACAUUUCAUUUCCAUAUAAUCCCGUUUUUCCUUUCUCUUGCAAUUAUAUUAACGAGUCUGAUUAGCAUUAUGGACCAAAUGCAUGGAAAAGAAAUACUUGCGCUCAUGUUCUUUCUUA